AUGAGGCAAAAGUGUGAUGUCCCCUCUUUAGCUCCCUUCCAUACACUUCCCCUUCAUCCUCGGGAUGCCGCACUCCCUGAUAUUCUAAACGUCAACAAGAACCUUGGGGAGUUUAGGAAACUCGAGGAUAUGUUCGUUGAUCUCAGCAGCAAUGUGAAUGGCAAAGAUGACUUGAAGGCGAGGCGGCGUGGCAGUGCUCAAGGCGGUGGCGAAUAA